AUGUUUGUUGAUUAUUCCUCGAAAGGUGUCAGCAAGAUAAUUAAUAAGAUAUUUGCUGAAAAGUUACUAGAUCUUCUAUUCUUAGAUACUUUAGAUGACUUCCAACUAUUAGAGUUUGUUAGAACAAGAAUCCUGAAGAAUGGUUAUAAGCAGCAGUUGACGUUAAAUGAUAUUCAUGGAAACCGGUACUGGUUAUAUUACAUUUUGAGUCUUAAGCUCUCAAAUGAGCAGAUGGAGGAAGCUUUGGAUCAGUUGACGGUUUCUAGGUUUUUAUACCAAGUGGAAUUCGUAUUUCCAGGGUGUUCUUUUGAGAAAGCGUACGAGUUGAAGGAAUUUGAUCCGAUGAGGAAGAUAGUGGUUGAUCUCUACGUUUCCAGUAUAUUUUUGAAGUGUAAAGUUAACUCGUAUAUUAAGGAAUUUACUAAAUUAGUUACUUCAGAUCGAAAACUUAUGAUGCUGUUAAACGCUGAAGAAAGAAUACUAGCUUUCCCGGAGUAUUUUCUGGAGGAUCCUAGGAGCGUGGAGGCUUCUGUGACUUUACCGCUUAAGUUUCCUAAGGCUUACUUGCCAUUGCUUCAGGAAGAUGGCACUGUAAUGUCUAAUAUUAAGCUACAGUUUCAAAAGUGGGAAUUGGUGGACAAAAGGUUGCUAUAUAGUCGGAAUGUGCAGCUAAGAGAUAUUGUAGCAAAGGAUAAGGACGUUCAGCUUCGCUGGGUGAACAAUGAUGAAUAUGAGGAGGCUCCGAUACAUAGAAGCAUCAUUGACUCGGAACAGAGUGAAACCUCUAUCAUGUUACGUGAUAUCCAUCGACGUUACAUAGAAAGGCAAAAGGUGAUGAGAUCUGUGAGUGAGAAGAUUAUAAACCCCGAUGAGUUGGCUUCUACAGAGCCUAAGCCUGAAUUUCUCAAGAUCUUUGAUGAAGUUGAUGAAGGGGACAAUGAAGGGAAAGAAAACGAUAAUUUCGAGCAUAUUCUGAGCCAGGAAUCUAAUAGUAGGCCCAGGUUAGGUAGUAUAACACUUUCCUCAAGGAGUGGAAAAGAUAGCAAAGACACUACGAAACAUGAGGUUUUAAAGCCAAUAAAUAGUAACAUGGCUUUACGACUACAAGGAAAACACAACUUAACCUUUGGAAAAGAGGAUACUGAGGAUGAGAACCACAGUACUGAUUUCGGAAACAACAUGGAUAUGCGUUCAUAUUUUCAAAAUGACAUACAGCAGCAGCAUUAUCCUGACCCGAUUAUGACAUAUAGGAAUGUUGCAUAUAUCCCUUCAACCACAAACUUGGAAACGCCUGACAUAGUAUUGAGACUAAGCUGCAAAGCGUCAGGUACAACAUUGAGGAGGAAGAUGGCUAAUGUUAUUCGAUCUCCCUUCUCUGUAAAAGACAAUUCAUCAAACUAUGUUAAUGAGACUUCACUUGAAACGGACAAUUGGUCUAGAUUAUCAUUUAGGUUGUUCCUAAGGGCCAAGUUUAGGAAAAUAAAGCAAGAUUGGAGGUAUUAUAAAAACGUAGCAAAGCAGUGUAUGGAUGAUUUUAAGUCUCCGUCCGAUGCAAUUAAUUUCCCGCCAGCAACUUCGACAUUAUUCCAAACGGCAGGUCCGAAUUCACCAAUUAGAGGCAAGAUAGCAAACCUCGCUGGACGAGAUAAUCCAUCCCCUUCUAGAACAGCAGUUUUUGACUGA